GCUGGGCAGCGUUGCCGAAUUGCAGAAGCAAGCAGAGCUUCUUCCGCCACGACCCGAGACCGCGAGAUGAUCGUGGAGUCGCGGACGGCGUUGCUGCUGCUGCUUCGGCCAUCUCGCCAAGCUCAGCUCGUGUCAUGAACCGGUGCGGCGGCGGCGGCCUUGUUGCGGAGAACCCGGGCGGUGCUCGGGACGCGGCGGGAAGGAGGAGGCGGUAAGGAGAGGAGGAGGAGGAGGAGGAGGAGGAGGAGGGCUGGAAGGCUGAGAUCUUCGGAAGGCGCAAGAGGGUAUAAGAAAAUGGUGGUGCUGAUGAGGUUUUUGGCUCAGAGGUUGAGAAAGUCAAUCGGGUCUACAGUAUCCACACGCCCACGAGCAGUGCAUUCUGCUGUGGAGGGUAAGCAUAGCUCCCAGAUUAUCAUGUCGCCGCCGCUCGUUUCGCUUGAUCUCCCGGAUGUAUGGGCUCCCAAUUUUAGCCAUUUGGGUCCGCCGUUCAACCACCAUCACCCCAAUGGACAGACAGCUGCAGUGAUCGAUGGGAAGUUGAUUGCUGAGGGAAUCAGGUCAAGAAUAGCGAGUGAAGUUAGAAGGAUGAAGGACUCUAUUGAUAGGAUCCCAGGCUUGGCUGUAAUUAUGGUGGGACAGAGAAGGGAUUCUGAAACUUAUGUCAGAAACAAGAUGAAAGCUUGUGAAGAAGCUGGAAUCAAGUCUGUACUGGCGGAGCUACCUAAUGAUUGUUCAGAAGAUGAUGUUCUCGAGGCUUUAUUAAGUUUUGAAAAUGAUCCGUCAAUUCAUGGUAUUCUUGUGCAGCUGCCUCUACCAAAUCAUUUGAAUGAGGAGAGAAUUUUGAAUGUUCUGAGCUUAGAAAAAGAUGUCGAUGGCUUCCACCCAAUUAAUAUGGGUAAUCUUGCGAUGAGAGGCAGGGAGCCUCUGUUCAUCCCCUGCACUCCAAAAGGUUGCAUCGAGUUAUUGAUAAGAUCGGGUAUCGAGAUCAUGGGGAGAAAAGCCGUGGUUAUUGGGAGAAGCAACAUUGUAGGGUUGCCCACUUUCUUGCUGUUGCAGAGGCACCAUGCGACCGUGAGUGUUGUGCAUGCUUUCACGAAGAACCCUGAAGAGAUCACGCGGGAAGCUGACAUCGUGGUCACGGCUGCCGGAGUACCAAAUUUGGUCCGUGGCAAUUGGCUUAAACCAGGAGCUGUCAUUAUUGAUGUCGGAACUCAUCCAAUUGAGGAUCCAAACCACGAGCAUGGAUACCGUCUUCUGGGAGAUGUUUGCUAUGAGGAAGCCGUGCAGGUGGCGAGUGCUUUAACCCCCGUACCUGGAGGAGUAGGUCCCAUGACAAUUGCCAUGCUUCUGUCCAAUACUCUUGAUGCCGCUAAGCGGGCACAUGAUUUUUCUUGACUUAUGGGUAACACGGAAAAGCUUUUGUAUUUCUUGCCUGGAAUGUUUCGGUAGCUUUCCCAUGGUGGGUAGCUUUUUUGUGAGGUCAUAAUGCACAGUAGCUGUACAUGUUUAAGGUUAGGCAUCUCUUGAAGUUGUCAUCUUUAGAGGAAGGAGUAAAGAAUAGAUUAUGUAGGUUUUUAUCCAA